AUGGAGGAGAGCCCCAGCUAUGGGCGACAGACACUGCGAGAGCGAUGCCAGUUCUGUCCGGUCGGCUGGCUCUGGGAUGCGGGGCAGUGCUACUACUUCUCCUCUGCCAAAAAGAGCUGGGAGCAGAGCAGAGAGGACUGCUGCUCCAGAGGGGCACAGCUGGUCACUGUCCGAGCCAACACCACCCUGGCUUUCCUGGUGCGCUCAGCCAACAUGGAGGUCUUCCACGUGGGGCUGAAGCGGGAUGGCUUCAGGUCUGACUGGAAGUGGCUGGAUGGCACCACGCUGAAGGGGCUCUUCCCAAUCCAGCGCUCCACCAGCUCCUUCCUGGCCUGCGGCAGGGUGUCAGGCUUGAGGCUGUCAGGUGGUCUGUGCGGGGAACCCCUCGGAUGGGUCUGCGAGCAGAGUGCAGCCACCCUGCAGUGGCUCCGGUCCUCCCCCCCUGCCUUCCUCUGGGGAAACACCACCUACACCUGCGUGGGGCCCUGA